UUCCGGUAGUAGUAUGUACAGUCAUGGAGGUGCUGCCCUGGAGUUACGGAAGGACUCUCGCCUUAUAACACCAACCCUUCAAUUUUGCCCCUUUUGUGUUAAACGACAUUUGAAGGCGCUGGCAUUCCAGGCAUUAGUCAGGACAUCAUUGGCGUGCUAAACGCGGCAAGGUUCCUAGAACUGCCAUCCGAUCUAUGACACAACUGAUCGGGAAUACUGUCAAGAUCGCUGCGAAAAGGAUCAUACUUCACAAAGCUACCGGAUAUGGAGCUUUAUCUGACCGGUUUAUUAGCCAAGUUCCAUUACCCUGAGCAAGCAAAGAAAGACAUCUCUAACGCUCUGCAGCAUUAUAGAGGACUGUCUCCAAAGUCCGCUCCAUUCGUGUUCAAUGACGGCACCAAAAAGGAGCUUUUUUGUCUGGAUGGCACCAUACCCGUUACAUAUAAGGGGAGCACGUACAACAUCCCCGUUUGCGUGUGGCUCCUCGAGACUCAUCCCUACAACUCCCCCAUGUGCUACGUCAAGCCCACGGCCUACAUGCAGAUCAAGGUGUCUCGUCACGUCGACCACACCGGGCGCGUCUUCUUGCCCUACUUACACGAGUGGAACCCGAGCACGUCGGACCUCCUGGGACUGAUCCAGGUGAUGAUCGUGGUGUUUGGGGAAUCGCCGCCCGUCUUCUCGAAACCCGCCGGUCAGAGAUUUCCGGCCGCCAACCCGUCAUAUCCGACCCACGCUAACCCUACAGCGACAGCAGGUGCAACACCAAGCCCUCCAUACCCGACAGGCGCUCUUCCUUAUCCAAAUCCUAUGGCGACUAGCACAGGAUACAACCCCUACAUGCCGCCAUACCCUCCGACGACGACGAGUGCGUCAUCUACAGUGCCAAUGCCCACAGCAUACCCACCGUACCCAGCUCCCGCCACGACCUAUCCCCCGUAUACAACUCCGUCCCCUGCUACUGGAUAUCCGUACCCGCAGCAGAACACAGGAACGGGCAGCACCCAGCAGCCAACGUCCAACACUGGAACCAUCACCCAGGAACACAUCCGCGUGUCCCUGCUCAGCGCCGUUCAAGACAAGGUGAAGAAUCGACUGAAGGAAUCCCUUUCCAUAGCACAGGCAGAGAUGGACGUGCUGAAGAAAACUCACGAUGAACUCAACAUGGGAAAGACCAAGUUGGAGGACAUCAUAGUUCAGAUGGACAGAGAGCAGGCCGAGCUAGAAGCGAAUCUGCAGACUCUCGGAGAAAGGAACGAGGAGAUGAAGGAGUUGGUGGCCAAGAUGGAGAAUCAGGGAGCCAUGGACGUGGACGAGGCAGUGGUCACAACGGCACCUCUUUACAAGCAACUCCUGAAUGCUUUUGCUGAAGAGAAUGCGACAGAGGAUGCAAUCUACUACCUGGGUGAAGCCCUCAGAAAAGGAGUAAUUGACUUGGAUGUGUUUUUGAAGCAUGUCCGCGACCUGUCCAGGAAACAGUUUAUGCUGCGAGCGCUGAUGCAAAAGUGCAGAGAAAAAGCUGCUCUCCCAUAGGUGACGACAUUUUGUAGGAGAGUGCAAUCAAGCUGCAGUGUAGCACGUUCAAUAAAAGCCUUCAGUAUUUA